AAUCCUUGAUAUACCAAUAGCCUCUUCGCUCCUCUCACCGGCGCAGCGAGGCGACUCGAUUUUUUCGUCUGUCAUCACCGGUUUUCGCUCGGCUCGGCUCCAGAGCCACCACAUAAUACCGCCGUCAUGGCCACCCCCGUGGACACAUUGCGGUCCCUCGUCUUCUCCAACCCCAUCGCCGCUACAAUAGGAGAUGCCGUCAACUACUUCUCCGAGCGGAGGGCAAAGCUCGGACUGAGCAACCCUGGCACAAUCGAGUCGCUGUCCAAGGAAGUCCAGCGCGAUGUCUUCCUCAACAACUACAUGUUCACCGGCAUCCGUGCCGACCUGACAAAGAUCUUCAGCAUGGCGCCGCUGUUCCAGGUGUCGCACCAGUUCGCAAUGGGUGAACGCAUCAACCCGUACACCUUUGCCGCCAUGUACGGCACCGGCAAGGUCUUUUGCCAAGGCAACGUUGACAACGAGGGCUCUCUCUCCGGCCGCUUCAACUACCGAUGGACCGAUAAGCUGGUCUCCAAGUCACAGCUGUCCAUCUCUCCCGGUGGCCAGGACAUGGCCCAGUUCGAGCACGAGUAUACUGGCAAUGACUUCAGCGCAUCUCUCAAGAUGCUCAACCCCUCUUUCCUCGAAGGCGGCAUGACUGGCAUCUACAUUGGAAGCUACCUUCAAUCCAUUACCCCUAAGCUCGCUCUCGGUCUGGAAACCCUCUGGCAACGCCCUGCUCUGACCCAAGGUCCUGAAUGUGCCGUCUCUUACUGUGCUCGAUACAAGGCCGCUGACUGGGUCGCCACUGCUCAAUUGCAAGCUGCUAUGGGAACCGUCAGUGCUUCAUACUGGCGAAAGCUGUCGGACAAGGUUCAAGCCGGUGUUGACCUGAGCCUCGGUCUCGUCCCCUCCGCCGGUGGUAUGAUGGGUGGUGGCCUGCAAAAAGAGGGCGUCACCACCAUUGGUGCCAAAUACGAUUUCCGCAUGUCCACCUUCCGAGCCCAGGUUGACUCCAAGGGUAAGCUUAGCUGCCUGCUGGAGAAGCGUGUCGCUCCACCCGUUAUGAUGACCUUUGCUGCCGAUAUUGACCACUUUACGCAACAAGCCAAGCUUGGCCUCGGUGUCUCAAUUGAGGCUGCCCCCGAAGAACUUCAAGACCAGCAGGAGGCUCUGGGCAGCCAGGCUCCUCCCAAUAUUCCAUUUUAAAAAAGGCCAUGACAGGAAACUCCCAGCGCAUCACGAAACCCAUAAUCGGAUCUCGAUUGAUAGACGACUAAUGUAGUAGGACCGCUGGCCAACAAAAGGACGAACAUUCAUCUCUUCUUCUCCACACUCACGACUUUCUGAUUGGUCAAGAAAAAAAGAAAAUGAAAAGAAGGGGGAAAAACGAAGAGCAAAAUUUUCUAUCGCUAUAUGUUUGAUGAUGAAUAUCGUUUCUUUUUAGGCCUCGGUUCAUACCUCUCUACAUAACGACGGGAGAAGGGAUGGAAAGCGAAGAACAAAAAGAAAAAAAAAAAGAAAAAACCCCAUUCUUUGAAAACCUUCCUUAUAGGGGGGUUCAUC